AUGGCGCCCUUCCGCCUGUGCGCUGCGGUGCUUGCCGUAUCGGCCGCCCUCCUCCUUUCCCCUGCCCUCGCACCUCCUCCAUACCCACAACGACUAUGGAACGGCCUGUACGACAUCAGCUCCGGAGCAGAAUCGUUUGCCGCCGACCACUUUGCGAACGCCGUGACGACUGGCGAGCACCAAGGCGCAGCAGGCUGGCCACGCUACCACGACUACGGUGUGCCGUCAGACCAUGGCGCGCAGCCAGGUACCUCAACCAGCGGCGGCUACCAGCACUUGGGCCAUGGCGAAGGCUACCGCUCGGCAGCCCCAUCGCGUGGCAACCCCUGGAUGCGGGCGGGCUAUGGAGAAGCUCCCGCGUACCAGCAGUCGACGGAGCAGUCCGAGCGCUACCCCGCCCUGCGCUGGUCGCCGGAACCGUCGUACUUUGGCUCGAACUCUCACCCGCUCUCCCCGUCACCUCAGCCCUUCGAUGACUUCGACGCCCCGUACCGCUCGCCGGAUUUUGGUCACGCCGAGAGCUAUGCGUCCGGUGGCCACGGUCCCAACGACGGCGAUGCGAGCCUCGGUCGCGUCCCAGUCGACCACGACGCCCUCCUAGCCGACUUUGAGGCAUGGCACGCGCGGCAAGGCCACGCCACCGCCUCGUCACCGGCGGGCCGUGGCAGCACCGGCAGAGCUGGCGGAGAGAUGGGACGAGCCCUUGUGGUGCCGCAUUGGCGCCAGAUUCCGCACGCGGACGAAGCCGAGCAGAUGUCGCCUGUCCGUCACCUGGCGGGCGCCAUCGAGACCACCCCGGCCUACGUUGGCGUCGAUGCCUUCGAAUCCGACUACGCCGCCUCCAAGGCGAGGAUGGACGCCCUGCUCGACUCGCUGCACGCCGACGACAUCUUCUCGGCCCAGCUGGCUCGACGGCUCCCGCCAAUCACCGUAGAGGGGCACGAGAACAAGAUGCGCCUGAGAAAGGCGUGGGCGUCGGCCGAGCAGACCAGCCUCAUCGUCGACGCCAUCCGGGAACGGUACCGGAUCGAACUGGACGGACUGCCGGACCUCGACGAGCAGCUGCGCGCCAUCGAGUUCACAGCCGGCACGUGGGACGUGCAGAAGCUGCUGCAGCUCAUCCGCAACCACCGAAAGGCGCUCGAUCCGGGCGCCCUGAGGGCGUGGGAGUACAUGGGGCGGACGCGAUCGUUCUACUUCGACGCCGGCGGCUACAGGAUCAAGGCCGCCGGCCCCAGGAGAAACGACGAGCGGUCGACCGAGAGGCUCUACAACAUCGUCGCCUUUCCCCUCGACCGGGACGAGUCGCUGCCCGUCAUCUACUUUUUGCCCAUCAAGGUGCCAGACUCGCUGCCCAAACGGCGCUUUCUCCGAGGUGGAACUGGCGUCGCCUGA